GAUUUUGUUUUGGAAAAAGUACUCAUACAAAUUUGCAAACUAGGACUUGCGAUGUCUUUAUCCUAAGGAAUCCGUGGCUUUUUAACCUUCCAGUAUGUUGCGAGGAACUUAACAAUCUGCUGGUGAACAGUGAGCUAAUCUCCUCACUAGCUCAACGGAUACUGCUUGGUUCUGAAUUUUCGCUGCUCCCCUAGCAGCAACCUCCCAUUUCUGCAAGAUGCUGUCACUGCUGCUUAGAACCCGGCCUGUGUUAGCAGUGAAUAUGUGGCGAAUUCAGCCACGGGCGGCCAGCAGCGCAGCCACUGCUGGCACAGCCAGCGCCACGAAAGUGAUCCCGUACAGACAGGAUCUACCACCAGCUGGAGGUUAUGCACCAUUUGACUGGGUGCGCAUCCCGCAAAAGCGAUCUUUAAAUCCCGUGUUUCUGUUUUUGGCGUACAUAGCUGUAACAUUCUUUGGGUGGUGUCGAUACCAGUAUCUUAUGAACAAUUGGAGAUUGGACAAACUGGAAAUGAAUGACCGAAAGCUUGCACUGGAACCAUUAUUAGCCGCGGAAAUCGAUCGCCUGUAUUUGAAGGGAGUUCGCCGGCAGGUGGAAGAAGAAUAUCGUAUUAUGAAGGAUGUGCCCGAAUGGGAGAUCGGAAAAUGGUACCACGAACCUGUCUACUUCACCCUUCCGCCCGGACACUGGAUCGAUCUGAUGACGAUAGAGUACUGGAAUCAUACAAAUUAUCUGGAUUUCGAAAAAUGGCGCCACUGGUGGUGGAACUAUUGAGCCGGCCUUGUUCAAGACAGACUCUUUCCCAGUUCGUUUAUUGAAGUCUACUUGCACCUGCUUUAUAAUUUGUACAUAUAGUACAAUUUUACUACAAUAGAACGUUGGGCUAUUGCAGAAAGGUGCGCAGAAGAACUUGAUAGUUGUAUACGUGUACUUCUAAUGAUUCUGUUAUCAUCAUGUUUCUAUAUUCUCUGCAAAGCAUGGUCCAGUUGUUUGAUCGAAUUGCAUGCGCUGCCAGUAAUACUUAAAACCCAUACCAAUGUGGAUUCUCUGGCAGUUGCAUUGGGUGUUUGCAAUGGAUGAAAUAGUCGCCAUCUUAUAAAUGGGUUAUUUGAGACAGCAAGUGCCCAGUUCUCGUAGAUGCUUUAAUAAAUCGCUUUUGGUGUGAA